ACGAAAUUCUGCACCACACCAAUCUUAUCAUCUGAGAAACCAGUAGCAUUGAGAUCUGAGAGUCUAAUCUUUGCCGGUUCGUUCCGAGGGACUCACAGCACAUCCGUGCUCACAGCACCCAGCCUUCUGCCAAAGUCACUGUUCAGCACUCGCCAAAUGGCACCCAAGGCAUUCCAGUGGGUGAAGCCCGAGAUCUAUCCUCUGUUCGCUGCCCUGGGCCUGGGUAUCGGCGCCUGUGUCUACUCCAGCACAAGGAAUUUCCUGCACUCCCCAGAAGUCAGGGUAUACAAGACCUCUAGAGCUGAUGGAGCUUCAGAAGACCCCGCUCUGGUGGCUGCUGGAAAGAAGUAUAAGACGUCCUUCUACCGCAUGCUGGGAGACAUCAAGCAGGGAAAGACUGGGAUCUUCUGAGCGCAGCGCAGUGCUGAAGCUGGCACGCGAUACGUCUCAGUACUGACUAUUUCAGGAGGCGGGCUGUAGAAAGGCCCUGAGACAGGGUCCUCAGACGGUGUCGUUGGUGGCUCCUGCAUUUCUUUUCUGCUAAUGGCGACUUCAGUUCAGCAGUGGAUUAAGAGAUCUCCAGGCACUGCUUGCAGCCACUCGGGUAAUGCCAUUGACAUAUAUUUUGUUCUCUAUUCGGUUCAUAAUGAGAGUUUCACUAUGCCAUGUUCGACUCUCAAUCAAGUUCUCUGAAAGAUGCAUAUGGUGGGAGACGGGACCAUUGUAAAUCUUCUGCAGAUU